GCAAGCAGACCGGCCGCCCGAACAUAUCUCAGUCGUUCGUGGACCUCGAAGGACGCAGGAGGUCGUAGAGCGAGGGCCUUGUGCGCGCCGACUUUUCGACGAAAAAAAAAAUCAAACUGCCCAAGCUCUGAGCUUUAAACUCUUUUCUCUCUCUUCCCACCGUGUGCAGUGUACCUUUUUCUCUCUCUCUCUUUCUCUCUCCUCUGUCUGCUCUAUUUUUUCCAUCUCUCUUUCUCUCCUCUCUUUACCUCUACUUUUUUUUUUCUAAGCCUUAUCAGUGCUCUUCUCUUUUAACGCUGUUAACGCCGAUUUUCAAAGCUCUCUCGGGCGUUAGUCGGCCGUCGAGCGGUUACUGCCUUUUUCUUCCUCUCUCUCUCUCUUUUUCACUCUUUCUUCCUUUCUUUCUCUCUUCCUAUCUCUCAGUCUGUCGGCCGAAGUUACGUAGUCGCGCGCGAUCGUCAAGCUCCUAUAAACCGAGAGAAUCGGUCACUUCCGGACGUCGCUCGAGUCGAGAGUCCCGGCGUCGACGGUCUACACACACACGCGCGCACACGCUAUAUAGUCGGCGGGGCACCCGCAGUGACCUUAUUAUUAUCGUUGCAAUAAUAAUAAAAUAAUAAUCGUGCUGAUAUCGCCGAAAAUUCUCGGUGGCUCGACGGAAUAGCGAACGGCGCGCUGCGCGGCUCGCUUGAUCUACUCCGCUACACGUUUCUAUCCCACGGAAGGAUAAACGAAAUCGACAAGAUGCGUCACUACAUGCUGAUCGGCUUGCUCGUGCUUUGCUGCAUCGAAGGCUACGUAAACGGCAGCUCGUGUCCGCGCAUCUGUCAAGCUGGCGGCGAUCCGGUAUGCGGCAGCGACGGCGUCAUCUACGCCUCGUCCUGCGAGAUGCGCAAGAAGACCUGCGGCAAAGGCGUGUCGGUGGCCCAGGAGAAGACGGCGUGCAUGCGCUCGUCGGGGGCCAAGUGCGAGCACCGCUGCCCCGGCGACCAGGACCCCGUGUGCGGCACCGACGGCCGCACCUAUCUCAACAAGUGCAUGCUGAGGGUGGAGAUCUGCCGGGUCGGCAUCGAGCUGUCGCAUCUCGGGCCGUGCAACAACAUCUCGGCCCACCGCGAGAACUGCCCGGUGUCGUGCGAGUACGCGCCCCUCGACGGACCGGUUUGCGGCAGCGACGGCAACGUCUACAAGUCCACCUGUCAAAUGAAGCUGCUAACUUGUGGGCAGGGAGUGGUGAGGACGAACAAGAAGCACUGCCAGACGACGAGACACUGCCGAGAGUCCUGCUGGCGCGGCGCCAAGCCAGCCUGCGGCAGCGACGGCAUCCUCUACGCCAACACCUGCAAAAUGCGAGCGAAGAAUUGCGGAAAGCACGUAUUCGAGGUGCCCAUGUCGUUCUGCGUGUCUCAGCAGAGAACCUCGAGCAGCAACGUCGUCGCCUGUCCACUCGACUGCAAGAACGAGCCGGAAGUGCCAGUUUGCGCCUCGGACGGCGGUAUCUACCGGAGUCAAUGCGAAAUGGAGAUGCUUAAUUGCGGCAACACCAGGAGAAAAGUGACAGUGGUGGAGUUUGAGAAAUGCCGAUCGCGACUGAACAAGUGCACGAAGCAGAAGCAGCUGUGCGCCAACGAUCUGGACCCGGUCUGCGGCAGCGACGCCAGCACCUAUCCGAACCAGUGCCACCUGAAUGUCGCCGUUUGCUUAAAAGGCAUUCAAUUGGCUCACGUGGGUGCUUGCACGACCUUGAAGGAGCUGGAGCAUUGUCCGGACGACUGCAACGACAUACCCGAGGAACCUGUUUGCGGCAGCGAUGGAAACGUCUACAGAUCAUUAUGCCAGCUGCGCAAAGAGACGUGCGGUCAGCGCGUGGUGCAGGUGCCGGCCCAGCACUGCCGCACGACGGCCCUCUGCAACCAGAUCUGCAGCGGCGAGAGGCAGUUCGUCUGCGGCUCCGACAACAAGCUCUAUCGCAACGAGUGCGAGAUGAAGAGGGACAACUGCGGGAAACACGUCUACGUGGUGCCGAUGAAGCGAUGCGUGCAGGGCUUUCUGUUCCGCGGCUGCCAGAAAAUCUGCCCGCCCUACUACGACCCGGUUUGCGGCACGGACGGCAUGACCUACAGCAACGAGUGCUUCCUCGAGAUCGAGACCUGCCGCACGAGGAACCACGUGAUCAAGAAGUACCACGGCGUCUGCGGCCAGCCCACCGAGGAUCCCAAGAAUUAUCUCUAUUAGAAUGGGUGACAUACAAUACGAACGAAUUGCAGACGUAUUCAAAUGCAUAAUGUAUCUCUUUUCGAAUCGAGAUAAUCCGAGAAAUUGUCGAAUAAUCUAGCGGAUCGCGUUAUCGAUUAACUUCCAUUUUCAGCGUGAAUAAUCGAUCCCUCGAUAUUUUCUCCCAGCCCCUCGUGAAUUAACGUGUGAUCGAGUAUAGUUGAUGAGGUCAUGCAAUGGCAAAAAUCGGCUCUCGAGACACUCGAAUGACGCUAAUUUAUGAAAAAGAAAAAAAAUAAAAAUACAAAAAUAAAAAAAAACAGACUCCCACGAGGAGAAAAGCUCGAACGUAAAAAAUCGUAAUAUGUGCAAUUGAAUCAUACAUAAGCUUCGCGGUCAUUUUUAAAAAUAUGCAAAAAAUCUUAUCGCGUAAACUUAGUUUAUAAAUAACGAUUUUUUAUAUUCACUGACUAAUUUGUACAAUGUAGUUUCGUAUAAGCCGAUUAAACAUUAUUCUACGAUGCGAAUAAUGCGAAUAGCUGUCGUUACGUGUAAGUAAAUAGAGAAAAAAUUUGUUUAAAAAAAAAGGUGGAAAUCCGAAUAUGGAACUUGUCAGAGGUGGCUCGCCGAUUGCCCCCAGCCAAAUUAUCAGUCCUCCCAAACGAAUUGGACAAAGCCUAACGAAUUAAGGCUUUUUUUUGUCGAGCGAAAGUUGACCUAUCGAAUUAUAUAGGGCGCUCGUUAACGAUUGAUUAUAAUUCUAUGACAUAUGUAAAAUCUCGCAUACCAGUAUAGAAGACAGCUGAAAUCAUUCGACUGCUUUCUUUUUACUGCUUUCGAGCAGAAAUUGAAAAUACCUACAGUAAUUUUACAUUAUAAAUAUAAAAAAUACAUAUAAACGUAUAUUGUACUCAUAAAUUACAUGUGAUGCGUGUUUAUAUGAUAAAGGAAAGCUUAAUAUACUGUAUAUCAUUUUUUCUCAUUAUAUUAUUUGUAAUAUUUUGUAUUUUAUAACUCA